GUCUGACGUAUUGUAUGUUGCAGGCAUCGAUGGACCUGCCCCCCGACAAGGCCAAAUUGCUGAAGCAAUAUGAUGAAGUGAAGAAGUGGGAUAUGAUCUGUGACCAGGAGCGGGUGAGCGCCAAGGACCCUCCAUCACACUACCUCAACAAGCUCAAGACCUACCUCGACCCCAAAGCCUCAAGGUCUAGCAGGAAGAGAAAGAUGGUAGGAGAAUCCACUUCUACUCAAGUUUUAAGAGACUUGGAAAUCUCUCUCAGAACAAACCACAUUGAAUGGGUGCGGGAGUUUCUAAACGACGAGAAUCGAGGACUAGAUGUUUUAGUUGAUUAUCUCACCUUCAGGCUCAUGAUGCUGCGGUAUGUGACUGUCCAUCCUCCUGGGAGUAGUGCUCUUUACCCCACGUUUUGUUUCUUCUAGAUGUUACGUACAUAC